CCCACCAAUAAAACUUAACACUGUCUUCCAAAUAUUUUUGAACCGCCAUUUUCAAUUGCCCAAAAAUCAAAAAUUGUGAAAGAUCACUAACAAUGGCUGCAAUAACUGACGAAACUACGGAAUCAUUGCUUUCGAGCUUCGACCAAAUAUACGACGAAUAUAAGAAGGGAGCUAUGGAGCUUCAAACAUUGCAGGCGGACUACAUUACAGAAAGCAACAAACGUGAAGCACUUGAAUUCACUAUACAAAGCCUACAAUCUGAAAAUGAUCGAUUGAGAAAUCUCUACACUGAAUCACUCAACAAAUUUUCUGAUAAGAUUGAAAGCCAUUCAAGUUGCCAGAGUUUGAAGGAGGAACUGAAGAGAAUUCGUAAUGAGUUUUGCCAGAAAGAAAAUGAAUACAGGAGAACUAUUGAAUCACUUAAAGGGGAUCAUGCAGAGAGAAUUCAAGAUUUGGAAUCUCAGAUCAGGAAAUAUCAAACAAAGGAAGCUGCUAGCGAAGCAACCAUAAAGAAACUUCGCCAAGAUUUAGCUGUGCAUAGGAGCCAAAUAGAAGCUCUUAGAAAAAACUUGGGUCAAGUAUCUGCUGAUGUAGACUCCAGAUAUCAUUAUGAGAUUCAAGUUUUGAAAGACUGUCUCCUGGUUGAACAAGAAGAGAAAAAUGAGUUGAACAAGAAGCUCCAGGAUAUGGAAAACGAAGUGUUUAUCAGCAGAACAAAACUGGUUGAGUACCAACAGGAUUUGACUUCAAGUCAACAUAUGCAUACACUAAAGCAGAAGAUAAUGAAAUUGAGGAAGGAAAACGAGCUUCUCAAAAGGCAAAUACUUGAAAGGAGUUCUAGUUGAUAUUUUCCGAGUUUUUGAGAUUUUGUCUUUGGUUUGAAUAGAUAGCAAGUCUCAGAUGUCACGCAUAUUGACUGUAUUGAGGACACUGAGUCAGCAAGCUUCACUUGUAAAUCCUUGUAGUUCCAAAUAUCUUGGUAGUGUUACACUACUAGUGUAUGCCAAUGUUCCUGAUAGAUAUUAACAAUCUUUUAUUUUGAAGAGAAGGGGAAACAAUCCUAAAAUAUGUCAUGUUAGUCACUACUAGAUGAUUAAUUAUCAUGAAACUUAUGGAAUGACUUUCACAAAUGCUUAUAGUUUGUUCCUAA